GAGAAAGGUCACCCUGAUCCUAGUCACGUAAAAGUUGUAGGUAUAGAUUUAAAUAUGCGCGGCGGAACGCGCCAUCGCGAUGUCCGCCGUGGACAGUUUUGAAGUUGUUGUAUUUUGUUUCAUCGUUGCUUAAUAAAUCGCGUUGUCGCAUGAAGUAAAUUUGCAAUCAUGUCGCUCACCGUUUAUUUAAAGCGUUUUAAAUUAAUAAAAUCCAAAGUAGAAAGAAUCGUUACCUUGGAGUUCAGAGGUAAUCGAAAGACUUCAUCAUCAAUAUUGGACCCAGAGGAACUGAUUACUGUUAAUCAGACUUUCGUAUGGCACCUCACCACGGCAGUAGACAAAGGCGAAUUGCUGACUAUCACCUUGCUGGAGAAGCAGCGCUUUACUGCUCCCCGGGUGGUCGGGAAGUAUCGCCUGGGCCUGCACAUGGUGGUCGUGGAUGGCAUGAUACCCAUAACUGAUUCGCUGGUGGACGAUGACAACCAUGGUGUCCCGGCAUACAUUGAAAUGGACGUAUUCUACGAACCUCCAGUGACUCGAGUGGUGGAAAUCGAGGAUGGCGCCCAUUGCCUACCCGAGGUUCCUGCCAGAACGCGGCAGGUCACUCCAGCUGUGCACGCCAAGUCUCGCAGCUCUGGACGCCAGCUCAGCCAGCCAGGACCCUCCCGACAGCUCACAUUAGAGCCGGUUCCUAGCCAGUCUCACGUCACUAUCGAUAUAGACGACAACACAGGACUUGAUGACUUGCAGCGCAACAUUUCUAACCUAGAGCGCUCGCUCCAAAAUAAUGACACAAUUAUUGAUGUGGAUUCUGAGGACGAGUCUCGGACAAGGAAAAUCAAAUCAGUUGGAAAACGGUUCCUUCGUCGAGGAUUAUCAGUUGGGACUGAACGUAACACUAAGCGUUCGUCAACGUUUAAAACGGUGAAAAGCUUCAUUCGACUGGGUAAAAAUCGUCUUCAAGACAGCAGUGGCGAUGAAGAACAAGGUCUCCUGGAUCUGCCAGGGCCUUCUACUGAGCCCGACGGUCUUUACAGCCAGACUUCUAUGUCAUCUGAAGAUUUGUUGGUAGACCUUCAAUCCCCAGAAGUGGAAACUCCGAAGACAAAAAAGAUGCGAGUUGCUUUGGACAUGGCGGGUCCUUCAGCUCUAAAAGCCGCAGAUUUCCAAAUUUGCAUCACCGUUAUCGAAGCUCGUCAGCUCGCAGGGUUGAAUAUGGACCCCGUAGUAUGCGUACAUGUUGGAGACCAACGAAAAUAUACUAGCGUGAAGGAAAGCACUAAUUGUCCCUACUACAACGAAUAUUUCGUGUUCGACUUCCACAUGCCGCCAAUCAUGCUGUUUGACAAGAUAAUCACACUAUCGGUUCUACAUUCUCGGAACUUUCUUCGUGCAAACAAGCUCUUGGGCAACUUCAAAUUAGACGUCGCCACGGUUUGGAACCAGCCAGAUCGCCAGUUCUACCACAAAUGGGCACUUCUCACGGACCCGGACGAUAUAACGGCCGGCCCAAAGGGCUACUUAAAAUGCGACAUAAGUGUUAUCGGCAAAGGUGAUCAAGUAAAGGUUCCACCCAAGAGUGAGAAAGAUGAAGAUGAUAUAGAAGCAAACUUGCUACUCCCCGACGGGGUUCCAAUCGAGCGGCAAAGAGCUCGAUUCAUUAUCAAAAUAUACAAAGCAGAUGGUCUGCCGAAAAUGGAUUCUUCGCUUCUCGCUAACAUAAAAAGCGCCUUUACCGGUGAAAGCCAAGAUAUAAUAGAUCCUUAUGUUCAAGUUUGCUUUGCAGGGAUGACGGGUAAAACAACAGUUCAAAAGAAUUGUUGUACACCAGUUUGGAAUGAACAAAUAGUGUUCACUGAAAUGUUCCCACCUUUGUGCCAGCGUCUCAAGAUACAGUUGAGGGACAAUGUGCCCAUACACCCGAGCAUUAUUGCUACACAUUUCAUUGAUUUAAAAACAAUCUCACAUGACGGCGAAAGAGGAUUCUUGCCAACUUUUGGCCCUGCUUAUAUUUACUUAUAUGGUUCUACUCGCGACUGUGGUCUAUUGGACCAAUCAUCCAAUUUGAAUAAGGGUAUGGGUGAGGGUGUGUCAUACAGAGCAAGGAUACUAAUUUCAAUACGAACGGAGAUAAUAGAUAACUUUGAAAGCCCAUCCUCGGAAGUGGAGGUGGAACCAAUAAUGCCAAUAAAUGAAUUGUCAUUCGAGAAAAAUGAAGAAUUUUUCUUAUUCGGAAGCAUUUUCGACGCUAAUAUGAUAGACAAAGGUAUUUCGGACAAACCUAUUCAUUUCGAAUUAAGCAUUGGCAACGCCGGAAAUUCUUUGGAUGGUCCUCAUGCAUCUAUGAGGAGACCGCAAGAUUUAGCGGUAGAAUCUUUGGAUGAUUUGAAUGCUGACACGGGCUAUUGGCAGAGUACCACUCCAGAUGUAAAGCCGCAGACAAGUGACAGAUACUACUACUUUCUGCCAUAUUGGGAUACUAAACAAUGUAUGCACGUUCGUAGCAUUUGGCCCGAUCACCGUCGCCGUAUGUAUAACUCGAACAUGCUUAACUACAUAAUUGACCUAUUGGAAGAUGGUAUCACCGACGCAGAAAUGUCUUUGAAAACGAAUGGUAGCCUCGACAAUACAUCCUUAGCAGCUUUAAAGUCAGUUAUGGAAACAGUUACUAUUCACUGCGCGAAAUAUAUUGAAUACAUGAAUAACGCUCCUCCUAUUGGGAACACUAAGCUCGACCGGGAAAGGCAAAAAUUGUGUAUAUAUGAAAUUGAACAACUCGCUAAUUUAGCUCGCACGCUCAAAGCUGUUAUUACAAGACAUUCAGUUAAAGACCGUCUAAGAACAGCCUUUUCCUACCUAAAUCGAUUGCGAUAUUUGUGUGAGGACUCGCAACAUGCGAUGCCAGAUAUAUUUAUUUGGAUGAUAAGUAACGGUAAACGUUUGGCUUACCAACGUAUCCCAGCAAGAGACAUAAUUUAUUCAGAUAGGCCCGAUGAAGUGGGCCGGCUUUGUGGAAAGAUGCAGACAUUGUUUCUUAAGUGGCCUGGGAAGAAAGCAUCAGCGCCGAGUGGUUGGACUGUUCCUGCUAAAAUAGAAGUGUAUCUUUGGCUUGGACUUUUGCAAGACAAGAAACAUUUUCUAGAUGGUUUGCCGGGGGGAUAUUCACUUAGCACUGAAUUAAAAAAUGCAGACAGGCCGCGCGCUAAUCCUCCAUCGAAUAUAUUUUACACCGAGAGACACAAAUUUCAAAUGCGAGCGUACAUCUACCAAGCAAGAUCAUUGAUAGGAUCUGAUGCUUCAGGUUUAUCUGAUCCAUUCGCUAGAGUUGUUAUCGGAGAUUGCUCUGCUACCACCCAAGUAAUUGACGAGACUUUAAGCCCAACAUGGGAUGAAUUACUACUAUUUGAUGACGUAUUGUUGUAUAGCACCAUCGAUCAAAUAAAAAAAUAUCCACCAACUAUAGCAAUUGAAAUAUUUGAUCAAGAUAAAGUUGGAAAAUCAGAGUUCAUUGGGCGAGCUUUGGCACGACCACAUAUUAAAUCUUUGUCGGAAAAAUAUGAAAAACCAGAAUUCCCACCUCGGCUAGAGUGGCACACAAUACUUCGAGGCGGUGAUGCUGCGGGGGAGCUCUUGGCUACCUUUGAACUUUUGGAGGUACCAUUAAAACAAGGUGCUCCUGAAUUGCCUGAUCUUCCUGAUCCUAGAGAACCAAAUGGAAAACCACCAAUUGACGCCAAUAAAGGCCCAAUCCUUCCCGUACCAGUAGGAAUACGCCCGACUCUAUCGAAAUAUCGUAUAGAAAUUUUGUUUUGGGGUUUACGCAACUUAAAACGCGUUCAUCUGUUAUCUGUCGAUAAACCUAGAGUUGAUAUAGAAUGUGCUGGGCAUUUAAUAUACUCGUCUAUAAUACAAAAUACCAAACGCAAUCCUAAUUUCACAAGUCCAGUAAAAUUCAUUGAUGUUGAGCUACCAGACCAGGAUUUAUACCGGCCUCCCUUGACAAUACGUGUUUUAGAUUGCCGCAGCUUUGGACGAGUUACUCUAGUUGGGACACAUACUAUUAAUUCGAUUCAUAAAUAUAUGUACACCCCUAUAAGUAAACGUGAAAAAGAACUCGAGGACCGUAAAAAAUCGUUAAUUCAAUUACAAAAUGUGGACUUGCAUGCAAAUCGUAUAGUUCAAGAUGAUAUUAUUAUGACUACCGACGAGAGAGAGAGUUGUCCUCUGCUUAUACAUGAUUUUCAAGGAACUGCUUCUUAUGGAUCAGGUGCUACUUCCCCUAUGCGUAAAAAGACGCCAGGCUAUGCAAAACGUGAUAUUAGUAGGAGGAGAAAACCAAGCUCCGAAUCAUCAGCUGAAGAGGACGACACAAGCAAAGAUUGGUGGACAAAGUAUUUUGCCUCUGUGGAGAAAAUGAUAGAGGAAGAAAAAGAACACAAGAAAGAGAGGCAAGGUUUACUACAGCCCUGCCAAUUGAAUUAUGUUGACGAAACACAGUCUCCUCGAGAUGAAGCCCACUCACCGCGCUCCGAACGCAACAGACGUCGUCGCACUGCAUCGCCUAAACCCAAAUUAAGUCCAUCAAUAACCAACAAUUAUGAAAUACCUAACAGCACGUUGGCUAAAAUAUAUCCUCAUGAGCUUGAGGCCGUACCAGAGUAUGAAGAAUUUAAAGAUUGGCUACACUCAUUUGACUUGUACCGCGGUAAAAAAACGGGUGAUGAAGCCGAAGAUGAAAGUAGGGUCGUCGGAACAUUUAAGGGAGCAUUGAAAGUUUACAAAUGGCCACUGUCUAAAGAAGCUGAAGACAACACAUUAAUGGGAUUUGAUCCUAAUUAUGGUUUCUUUCAAAGCGUUCCCAGUAAUGAACCAAUACAUGUUCUUAUAAGAGUAUACAUUGUAAAGGCUACAGAUUUACACCCUAUGGAUUUUAAUGGAAAAGCUGACCCGUACAUAGUACUUCAUCUUGGAUCUCGUAAAUUCAGUGACAAGGAGCACUAUCAAUCCAAACAACUUAAUCCAGUAUUUGGUAGAUGUUUCGAAACAGAAGCUACUUUUCCUCAUGAUUCUAUGCUCACAAUACAAAUUCUUGAUUGGGACUUAUUGGGAAAAGACGAUUUAAUUGGUGAGACAAAAAUUGAUCUGGAAAAUAGAUUUUAUAGCCGUCACCGUGCAACGUGCGGUUUACCGGUGAAAUAUGAUGAAGAGGGAUUUAAUCGUUGGCGCGAUGCAAUGAAGCCUACUCAAAUUUUGGCUAAACUAUGCAAGGAUAUCAAAAUAGACCCGCCAGUAUAUGAAUAUGGUCGAGUUAGAAUCGGACGUACCAUUUUCAACAUGUCCAUGGAUGAUCCGGAAUUAUUCUCUAAUCCAGACACAAUUCAAGAGCAGAUGGCAUUGAAUGUCCUCCGACGUUGGCACGAGAUCCCUCGUCUUGGGACACAUCUUGUCAUUGAACAUGUAGAAACUCGACCCCUUUAUAAUCCCAAUAAGCCAGGAAUCGAACAAGGCCGCUUAGAGAUGUGGGUAGAUAUGUUCCCGAUGGACAUGCCACUACCUGGACAACCUGUAAAUAUAUCUCCAAGGAAACCAAAAUCUUAUGAAAUGAGAGUCAUUAUUUGGAACACUGACGACGUUGUCCUUGAAGAUGAUGCUUUCUUUACCGGCGAAAAGAUGUCUGACAUCUACGUGAAAGGGUGGCUCAAAGGUCCUGAUGAUUGUCAGAGCACUGAUAUUCAUUACCGCUCACUAACUGGCGAAGGAAAUUUCAACUGGCGUUUCAUAUAUCCUUUCGACUACUUGGAGGCUGAAGAGCGCAUAGUGAUAACCCGCAAAGAAUCAGUAUUUUCAUGGGAUGAAACUGAAUGCAAAAUUCCAGCUCGACUUGAGCUGCAAGUUUGGGACGCUGAUCACUUUUCUGCUGAUGAUUUCUUGGGGGCUUUGACUCUGGAUCUAAACCGAUUUCCACGCGGUGCAAAGUCUUCCAAACUAUGCACCUUGGACAUGCUACGAAAUGACGGUUCUGUUCCAAUGGUAAACAUUUUCAAACAAAAACGAAUUAAAGGCUGGUGGCCUUUCUACACUAAGCGUGACAAUGAAGAAAUGGAACUUACUGGAAAAGUGGAAGCUGAAAUUCAUCUUCUUACUCGUGAAGAAGCCGAAAAAGUACCAGCUGGGUUGGGACGCAGUGAACCGGACCCCUUAGACAAACCAAAUCGACCAGACGCAUCCUUCAUGUGGUUUUUGAAUCCACUGAAGUCACUACGCUACAUAUUGUGGCACAACUACAAGUGGACCAUCGUCAAAGCCUGCUUUGUAGUCGGAGUAGCAACCAUGAUUCUUUUACUCGUUUAUGCUGUUCCCGGCUACACUGUCAAGAAAUUCCUCGGUGCUUAAACGAAUGAUUUGAUUCGUAAACAUAACAUCAAUUUAAGAACUUACGAAAAUUGAAACAUAGAUGUUUAUUUGUAAUGGAUAUAAGAGCCUUCCUUCGCUACAGAGCCACAAUAUGACUAGACAAUUUGAAAGCAAAUUUGGAGCUAAUUCUCAAUUUAUAAUAGCUAAAUUUUAUUUUUAUUUGGGAUCAUUAUUCUAAAACAUGAAGUGAGUAAGAUCGAAUGUCACUAACUUCCCGGAUUAAAGUUGACAAAUUAAUUUUCGCCACCGCUCAUCCCGUGUAGUUAUUUUUCAAAUCUUUACAUUUAUUUUCCGUAUCCAGGUCGAAACAAAUACAAAAAACUAAAAACCAUUAAAAACAGUUUAGCCCUUCUUUAUUUAUGAGUAUUAUAACCAUGAACAAGAUUUGUUUCAAAUAAUUACAUGUAGAUUAUUUUAAAGGUAGAUCGUUUAUUUACUUACUUUUUCGGGUACCAAGACCAAGGGAACAAACCGGACUCUAUUCCGCUGAUUUUUCUGUGUAUCUAUGUCCAUAUAUCUUACGCUCUAUCUGUCUUAUCUGUCUUCUUUGUCUGUAUGUCUGUCUGUCUGUUUGCCUGUCCGCCUGUCCAUCUGUCAGCGAACUGUAUCUCAUGUACCUAAACCUAAUAACUAGGCAAUUGAAAUUGUCACGAAUAAUAUUUGCCGCUGCAACAACAAAACUAAGUAUAAAAUGAAAUAAACAUUUAAGGGGGGGCCUAUAUAAUUUGUUCUUUGUAUAAUUUGCGAUAUCAACUUUUUUCUUUGUAAGAAUAUUGGCAACUUCAUUCUACAAUUUCGUACUUACAUAUUUAGUUAGUAAGCAGAUAAGGGAAAUUCGAUCUUAUUUCAUAUUUCACAUUAUACUCACUUCACAUUAUUAUUUCACAUUAUAUUCGCUUUCUACCCGGUUGAAUAGUAUAUUCAACACGUCCUAAAAAUCAUAAUUUUUGAGAAAGCUCCUAAAAUUUGAUUUGGAAUCGUCUAAUUUAUGCCUUCUAUAGCUACAUAACAUACAUUAACACAUAAAAAAUUAAACAGAUAUUAAUAGAAAAAAAAAU